AUGAAGGUCUCGCUCACAGCAUCCCUCUUUCUCCUGGCCGUCGGGUGGCCCGCCGUCCACGCUCAAUCGGAAGUCUCAAAGGGUUGUUACAAGAGCGUGUCGCCCUUGUCCAGCCAAGGAACCUACACCUUCCAGAGUGAUGGAUAUUGUCAGAACUUAUGUCUCAAGAGUAAUUACAAGGUCUUCGCCUUGCACAACGGCAAUGAGUGCUUCUGCGGUAACAAACUCCCGGCCGACUCCGACGAGACCGAUGAUAGUGACUGCAAUACGUCCUGUACCGGCUGGCCCAGUGUCAUGUGUGGUGGUAAAAGCGCCUAUUCCGUCUACCUCACCGGCCUGAGCCAAAACGUCGACACCGUGGGCAGCAGCUCCAGCUCCAGUUCCACCCAGGAUUCCUCGACCUCAACCACCAACGGCCAUACCGCCACCGACACCAACGGAAGUACCGUUGUUGUCACCGCUGCCAGCGAAACCGCCCCCGUCAACAAGGAAGACACGAAAAAAGACGGGAGUCCCAACACCGCCGCCAUCGCCGCCGGUGUCGUCGUGGGCGUCGUCGGCUUCUGUGCCCUCGUUGGCGCCAUCUUCUUCCUCUGGCGCUUCCGCAACCGCAAGAACACCGACAACCAGUUCCGUGGCAGCACCAACGAGAACCACUUUGGCAAGCCCAUGUCCCAAAGCUCCAUGUCUGACUCGCGCUUUGAUGGAGACUUCAUGGCCCAAAGACGUCAGAGCAACGGUAGCAUUGAUGAUGACCAAGACUUUUCGCGUCGGAUCUUACAGGUGACAAAUCCCGAUCGUUUCUAUUGA